AGGUUACUAUUGUGCAUUGAAAAAACCGAGUCCAAAUACAGAAUAGAGAAAUAGAGUACGGGCAAGUUGAGGAUCCACUUGCAAGUUGCAACUGCAAUGCAACCCCCCUGUGCUUAGCGUAAGCAUCUCAUGACAUGCACUUCAAUUCCCCUUUCUUAUGCAACCAAAUCAAAUUUCCUUUCAAAUAACAACCACCUUCUAACCUCCCCUCUUUCUAUCUACUCAUCAAUAAAAACCACUCCUCCAAUGCAAACACAAAACUAAUGCAACUUGCACUUCAAAAAUACUCUCUCUAAUUAAUUUCCCAUCCUUGCCGUCUCCAACACCCUCAUAUAUAUCCUAUCACCAUUCCAACACAAUCUGAAAAACACUCACAACAAAAACAGACAUAUAUCAUUUACAUAUCAAAAAUUAAACAUUUAAAAAGCGAAAAAAAAAAUAAAAGAGAAAAUGCCUUCUUCUCUUCAACUAGAUCGAUUCAACUUCACCACAACCACAACCGCAACCGCAAUUAUUGCUAACGGUUUAAACUGUCCUAGGCAGCCGUUAGCGGCGGUUCCACUUCCGUUAUCCAGCGGCUCUGAUGUCGCGUUGCAUCACCACGCGCACCUGGUUGGUUCCAACCAGUGUUGUUCCGUCAUGACGCAGGCGAUAGAGGCGCCCGUGUCUACGGUGUGGGAGGUAGUACGGCGCUUCGACAACCCGCAGGGGUACAAGAACUUCGUGAAGAGCUGCCACGUCAUCGGAGGCGAGACUCCCAUGCGUGUGGGCACAGUGAGGGAGGUGCGCGUGGUGUCGGGGUUGCCGGCGGUGUCAAGCACGGAGAGGCUGGAGAUACUGGACGACGAGCGCCACGUCAUCAGUUUCAGUGUGGUCGGUGGGGACCACCGGUUGAGGAACUACCGGUCGGUGACAACGCUGCACGCCGUGGAGGGCGGCAAGGGGACGUUGGUGUUGGAGUCGUAUGUGGUGGACGUGCCGCCGGGGAACACGAAGGAAGAGACUUGCGUGUUCGUCGACACCAUCGUUCGUUGCAACUUGCAUUCUCUCGCUCAGAUCACAGAGAAUCGUACUUCUGAAAAACAACGAUGAUGAUAUCAAACUUCUCUCUUUUUUUUUUUUUAACCCUCCAUGCCUUAAUUCUCUCUCUCUCUCUCUCUCUCUCUCUCUCUCUCUCUCUCUCUCUCUCUCUCUCUCUCUCUCUCUCUCUCUCUCUCUCUCUCUCUCUCUCUCUUAGUAUCAAGGAAACGUGUAUUACGGGCAUUACCUUCUUCAACUUUCAACCUUACAAAAAGAUAACUGAAAGGAAGUUUUUAACACGGGUUUGGAUCAAGUCAUGGUUUUAAAUUGCAGUGCGUAACACCGAUCCGCAAACUACGGAAUCUGAUUUUAAUGACAAUUGUUAAAUAUAUUUUGCCUUUUUAUUUUGGACAUCUCAUCAGCGAAAUCGCAACUGCAAUUUAAGAUCAUGGAUCUGAGAUAGGAGACAUGCCUGUACUGGGAAUUAUUAAUGGGAUUUUUUUUUUCUUUCUGGAUGGAGAUCAUGAUGUAGAUGCAUAUAUAUGUACAUAUGAUUAAUGGAGUUCAAUUUUCUGGUUU